AUGAAGUUUACCGUUCUCAUUGCAGCAGCUCUGGCUGCUGCGCCUAUCCCAGAGGCUGCUGCUCACCCUGGCAUGGGUGAGACCAUCAAGGAGAUCGAACGAAUUGCUGCUCGUAGCUGGGGCAGUGGAUGGGGUGGAAACAAGUGGCCAGGACAAGGCAACGGCGGUGGCUCAAGCUCCUGGCCUGGUCAGAAUAACGGAGGAAGCUCUAGCUCCUGGCCUGGCCAAAGCAAUGGCAAUGGAGGUGGUUCCAGUUCUUGGCCUGGACAGACCAACAGUGGCGGCUCAAGCUCCUGGCCUGGACAGAGCAGUGGAAAUGGAGGAGGAUCUAGCUCAUGGCCCGGCCAGAGCAGCGGAGGUAGUGGCAGCGGAAGCAACAGUGGCAGUGGCAGUGGCAGUGGCUGGUCCGGAGACAGCUUCGAUGCCCACUCCCUCAUCGGCGACCUUGCCACCCUCAGCGACAAGUCCCUCACUUCGGUCGGCAGUGACAUCAAGAAGAUCCUUCAAGGCAAUGGCAACCCCACCAGCCGCGAGCGCUACUUUGGCUGCCCUUCCAUGAACUCUCAACGUUGCAAGCGUGAUACCUGCUGUGUCUGGCAAUACAUCUCCAACGAACUCGAGGACAAGUUCCGGGGCGAGGCUGGCCGUUGCACACGCUGGGCUCGAUAUGCUGUGCGCAUUGGCUUCCACGAUGCCGGUACCUGGUCUCUCAAGACCGCUUCGCAAGGAGGUGGUGCCGAUGGCUCCAUCAUUCUCUCCAACGAGCUCACCCGUGGCGAGAACAUGGGUCUUCAGCAGAUCGGCGAGUACUACCAGACCAUCUACGACAAGUAUCACACACAGUAUGGUUUCACCCAGGUCACCAUGGCUGAUCUGAUCCAAAUGGGCUCCAACAUUGCUGCCGUUACCUGCCCUCUCGGCCCCCGUGUCCGCUCUUUCGUUGGACGCAAGGAUAGCACCAAGGCCAACCUCGGCGGUCUUCUGCCAAGCGUUUACUCUGAUGCUCUCACUCUGAUCAACCUCUUCAAGGACAAGACAAUUGGCCCCGAUGACCUUGUUGCUCUUAUCGGCGCGCACACAACCUCUCAGCAGCAUCACACCAACAUUGAUCGUGAUGGCGAUCCUCAGGACAGCACUCCCGGCGUCUGGGAUAUUCUCUUCUACCAGCAAACCAUUGACCAGAACGCCCCCAAGCGUGUCUACAAGUUCCCCAGUGAUGUGGCACUCGCCAACCACCCCCUUACCCAACCUGCCUUUGAGGCCUUUGCCAGCGGCAGCACUGGCCAAGCCGCCUGGAACGUGGUGAGUAUUGUUCAAAAAUAUUUCGUGAAGCAAGCACUGACUUUUCCCAGGACUAUGCCCGCGCCUAUGUCCGUCUCAGUCUCUUGGGCGUCAACAAUAUCAACAGCCUCACCGAGUGCACAAAGGUCCUCCCUCAACCCGUCGAGUCCUACCGCCACAAGGACAAGGGCCGAUUCAACAAGUGGCUCCAGACCGAUGACAACUCGUGGACCUCCAAGAGUGUCUCCAAGGAUGUCGAUGAUGGUUACGAGAUCUCUGUCCCUGAAAACAAGAUUCCUUCCAGGCGCGGUCCAUGGAAGACAUGGGCCAGUGGUACAUUCAAGUGGUGGUAAGCAUGGCUCGACAGCACAUCUUCUAUAUAACAAUGGCCCACUCGACAAUAAUAUGUUGUUACGUAUAAAUAGUGAGUCGAAAACGGGCGUUUUGGGUUCAUGA